CGCUCACAGCCGGAGUCGGACGAAAAGGUGCCUCCAACAUCUCUGUCGGCUCUCGAUAAUGAGUGAUACAAACUAUCCUUCUCCGUUCCCCUUCACGUCCUACACCCCGUCGUCUGAAGUCCCCGAAAAUGAACCUGUCUAUGGGUGGGUAGCGCCUGCCUUCCCGCAGCCUUCGUUUCCGACUCAAGCACCACCAUCCGAAACAAUAACCAACAGCUCCGACGUCGUCGCCAACGCUUCCACCACGGUCCCUCAAGAACGUUCCUUGAAUAGUAAAGUCGCAAUCCCUCGAUCAACUAGCUCAAAUACAGUACCAAAUCGAGGCCGCGUCAGCCGCGCAUGUGAGAAUUGUCGGGAUCAAAAAGUCAAAUGCAGUGGGCAACGUCCAACGUGUCAACGAUGUCAGGAGUCGGGGAUACAGUGUUCAUAUGGCGACCGGAAGCGAGAGAAGAUGGCGAGGCGACUCAGCGAUCUCUCAGCACGCGUCCAAACGUUUGAGACUCUGUUACAGAACAUUUACCCGAAUCUGGACUCUCUGUCAGCUCAGUAUGUUGAACAGAUUCUGAGCGAUCAAUCUGAGAAUGACCCGACCUCGAGCCGUCUACCCUCCGAAUUCCCUUCGCCUCUCUUUCCCACUGAUCCUGGUUCUCCAGUAGGCUCAAUCGAUUUUACCAAGGAAGAUUUCAACCGUGAUGAAAAGAUACAAGCUACAGGCUUUGUCGGAGAGCAUUCGGAAAUCGCAUGGAUAGGUAGGCUGAAGAAGAUCCUACAACAUCUUCAGCCCGAUCCGAUGGAAAAAGGCGUAGAACGCAGUACUGUUUCCACAGCGAAUUAUUUUCUAGACAACCUGGAGGUGGAGGUCAUGGAUACCGUUGACUUGUCUUAUCGCCCGCCUGCUGCGGUUGCGGACAGGCUAGUCGACAGUUACUUCCAGGUUGUGCAUCCGUAUUUCCCGAUUGUCGGCAAGGUCACUUUCUUGGGCCAGUACAAAUCAUACUAUUCCGCUUCUUCUGUCCGGCCUGGAAAGCGGUGGCUAGCAGUGCUCAAUAUGAUAUUCGCUAUUGCUACAAAGUAUGCCCAUGACUUGACGCAGGGCAAUGAACACGCCGAUGAGCACAUUGCGUAUUUUUCCCGAGCCUGGAAGCUCAGUAUGGGCAACGUUGCUCUCUUAGACCAUCCGAACCUUCAACAAGUACAAGUUGAAGGGUUGAGUGCCUUUUACCUUCUAACGGUGGGCCAAGCUAAUAGAUCAUGGAGGCUUUCCGGGAUGUCAAUACAAUCAGCCGUUACCAUGGGGCUGAAUUUACGAAACGAGAGCAAUAUCAUAUUCUCAAACUCGAGGGAAACUCGGUAUAGAGUCUGGUGGUCCCUAUACAUACUGCAUGUGCUGCUUUGUGUCAUGACCGGGCGUCUCCCUAGCAGCACUGAAGAUUCUUGUACCACUCCUCUGCCGGUCCCCUUCAUCGAAGAGGAAUUCGCACGCGACGAGGUGGAGCAACUGAUUGAGGACCAUGAGGCUCGGUCAUUUUUCAUGGAGAAUCUAGUCUCGCGGUCCUCAGCACAGUCGGCAGAGAGCACAUUGCUUUCCGAUUCUUCUAGACAUCAGUCACCCGGACCCAGUAAACAGAGUGACAAAGUUGCAUCCGCAGCUGCCAAAAUUCUUACACCAAACAGUUCACUUCACUUUCUUUACUUUGUCGAACUGGGUUUGAUCAUGCAAAGGGCUAUCGAUGCACUAUACGCCCCCGGGGCCGGGCGAAAAUCCUGGCGCUCCAUUGAAAUGAUCAUCUCCGCGCUGAACGGCAGAGCAGAUAGCUGGCUUUCCAAGCUCCCGGCUGAGCUUCAUUUCACCCAAGGCGCACCGGCAUGUGAAAAGGAAAGGCUUAGCCUUGCCUUUUCCUUUUACAGUACCAAGAUCCUCAUUACCCAGCCUUGCCUUAGUCGCCUCCUUCGGCAGGCUUCAGGGGGUAGCCAGGUUGAAACAUUCUGCACUACAACGGCUGCGCUGUGCGGUGACCUCGCCACUCAGAUGUUGGAAUUGCUACCGAGUACACCGGACCUCUCCUGGGUGUACCAACGCUCGCCUUGGUGGAGCCUAGUGCAUUAUAUCAUGCAAGCCACCACUGUCCUCUUGAUAAGCCUAUUUGUCAAACAGAAAGCGAACACUAUCCAGCACCCUAGGACCAUUGAAAGCGUCCUCAAGGCCGCUGAAUGGCUCGCGUGUUUGGCGACAAAAGACCCGUUGGCGCAGCGAGCCCGGACGGUGUGCCAGGAUCUGUUCUCAUAUUCUGACAUCGUGGCGGCAGUGAACUCUCGGAAUUAAGGCUGACAACUUCACUAAGGUCCCGAGGAUUGUUCCUCUGGCGAGUUAUACCACCAGCUCAUGUAUCUUUCUCUAUGCCCAUCAGGUCCGCGCACAUGAAAAGGACUGGUGGAGUUGAAUCCAUCUAAACUUGUUUCCUCCCAUUCUACCGAUGCACCAACCAGUUCCCGCUACGUCGCAGCUGCCUUCGCUCCAUACAUAGGUAGUAAACCUUACUCGCGCAGCUGACGGGGCACGAACGGCAUCAGAUUCCACGCUAAGCUACUGCUUACAUCGCGGUUAACACCUAUUAUUGACCGGCUACUUGACAAGCAUGGCGCUUUGUGCCGGUACUUGAGGGCUUUUCCGGCCUAUGCGGCAGAUCGCUUAGAGAUCGCGCGUAUCAUACAGCUUAUGUAUCGGAGCUAAUUAACUAAUGCUUAACCCCUGGGAAUAAGCACAUCUGGCAUAUCUACACCGUCAUAAAAUGCACGAGACCAAAAGUGGGUCGAGAACGACUGACAUACCUAAUGAUCAUUCGCUGGCACUUACUUCCGGAGGGCUCCUAACCUGAGCUCAAGAAUCAGGAUGGCAGGUCAUUUCUGGUCAGCAGUGGGCACCUAGACUCCUGGGUUUCAGUCAAACAAGAAAAGCCUCCAUAAUGGCGAGAUGACUCCACAUUUUUGUAUCCUUGACCCUCGCAACCGCGAAAGUCCUCUUCUAUUCCAAAGCGGUCAUUUGUCAGAGGAGCCUUGCGGAAGCGAAAUUACCCGCCUGACCAAAGGCUGACUGAAAAAGCACCAUGGCCAAUGUUAAUUGCAUGGUCGGCGAUUAUACCAAGCUUUGGCAAUUGCGACGCCCUGGUUGCAGCAUGGUCGGCAUCUCACUGUCAUAUCAUUCGUUUUGGUAGCGAGGAACAAGGUAGCAAGGCGCAGAGAAGGGUAAUGGGCGUAUUAUUGUUGGGCAACAAGAGGCAACGAGGCGGCUUCAAGCGCCAGCUUCCGAUUCUUCGGAGCUUUGUCCGAUUCCUAUUAUCGACAAUCUGGAAGCACUCCAGGUAUCUGAUAGGAAACCACACCCACGCAUCCAACAGGUAGAAUGCCAAGGAAUGAUCUUCUAGACAAAGGUAGGUAGGACGGCGACGUGGUACCCUGGUUGCCAGGCUGGAUUCGAGUGACGGGCUCCGUAGGUUAAAGUGGGCAUUUCUUUCGACUCAUAUUUCGUCUUUGUGCAGGAAGGAGUCAUAUGCUGACUGCUGUAUGAUGCUCCGUCCUAACUUAUCUAGCAAUAAUAGCAUAGACCAGCUCUGCAUUGAACGCCUCGGCUUGAAAGAAAGUUAGCUUUAUUCAACCCUUUUAUUGUGAAGUUUGACAAGAUUAUGAUCUGUCAUAUCCUCGAGUAGAAAGCUCUGGGUAUCUCUUGACAUGGACCACAGCUCUUCAAGCGAAUAAUUUGUGUGCUACUAUUACUGACAACUAGUAGAGCAUGUAUACAAUAUUAGAACAUCUGGCAUAAUGCUCGCCAGGAGCC